GUAACAUUCAAACAACCAAACAAACCCACUUCAAGAAAAAAACAACUCUUCUUUCCUCUUUUUCCAAUCCAAAAGCCGCUUUUUAACUGUUUCCAGUAUCACUCUCAUUCAUUUUUUUUACAUUAAAAAAACACCCAAAGGAAAAAAAAAAAGAAGGAAAUUGCUUCAGUUUAAGAAAUAGAAAGAAAAAGAGAGAUUGGUUUCUGUUGACUGAGCCAGAGCCGGCAAAAGCCGUCUCUGUUCUAUAUUUUUAUUUCUAUAUAUAAUUAUUUAUAGUACUAUCAAGUUUCCAAGAAUUUCAUAAUAUAUAUAUAUAUAUAUUAUAUUAUAUGCAUACAUAUUUAAGUGUACGCGUUUGUCAAAAAUCAAAGAGACCCACAUCCUAGGCGAUUAAUCAAAUUUCUAUUUUUUUCUUUGUCUUUCUCUCUGUUUCUCUAUUUCAACCUUAUCAGAUUUCCAGGUACUACGAAUUUGUUUCCACUGUUGUAAUCUUCUGAAAUAUUUCUGGGUUUUGAUUGUUUCCUGGAUUGGAGUUAUUUUCAUAUAUUUCUGAGGUUUUGUAGCGUUCUCUAAUUUUGAAAACUUGGGUCAUGGGGGGUGACUUUGAAUUGUUCAAAAGGAUUUAAAGCUAGAGCUUGGAUUUUCUAUCGAUCGUGUUGCCCAAAUUCUUCAACUUUGGCUACUUGAUGGAUUGGAUAUAGAGAAUUUUCGAAUUCUUUGGCAAGAUUGAUAAGAAAGGAUAGAGUUAGCUAGCUUGGUAGUAUUAAUUUUUAGAUGGUGAAUUAAGGUUGUUGAAGGAGGUUAUUUGUUGUUGGUGAUUUUAACUCUGUAUAUAUACAAACAUGGGUUGCAUGAGUUCUAAGUCUGCGGCGGUUGAAGAUAGCCGUGAGAACCACAAAGAGAGGCUGACGCAAAAAGGGUCAUUGGAUAAUCUUGUCGCACGAGCUAAUUCAUCAAGAAGACAGGAGGUUGUUCGAUCAAAGGAUAAAUAUGAUGGUGCUGACGUGAAGGUCUUGUUAGUCGAUAAGAAAACAAGUGGCUCCAAUCGUUUUUGUUAUAAUGAUCAGGUUGAGAAGAAGAGGAUCAUUGAUAAGUUUGAGGUGAUUGAGAAAAAUAAGGUAGAAAACUGUGAGGUUACAAUUGCUGGUCAUCAUCCUGGUUCAGGAAGGGUACUGAAUAGCAUAGAGGGAGAGCAGGUUGCAGCAGGGUGGCCUUCUUGGCUUGCAGCCGUGGCAGGUGAAGCUAUCCAGGGAUGGGUACCGCGACGUGCCAAUACCUUUGAGAAGUUGGAUAAAAUUGGCCAGGGAACUUAUAGUAGUGUGUAUAAGGCUCGUGACGUUAUUCAUAAUAAACUUGUGGCUCUGAAAAAAGUGCGGUUUGAUAAUCAUGAUCCUGAGAGUGUGAAGUUUAUGUCAAGGGAGAUUAUUCUUUUACGAAGACUUGAUCAUCCAAAUGUUAUUAAACUGGAGGGCUUGAUCACAUCCCCAAUGUCAUGCAGUUUAUACCUUGUUUUUGAAUAUAUGGAACACGAUCUUGUGGGACUCGCAUCACUUCGUGGGAUCAAGUUUUCAGAGCCUCAGAUUAAAUGCUACAUGCAGCAACUUCUAAGUGGCCUUGAUCAUUGUCACAGCAAUGGUGUUCUUCAUCGUGACAUAAAGGGUUCAAACCUUCUCAUUGACAGUAAUGGAAUCCUAAAGAUUGCAGAUUUUGGAUUGGCAUGUCAUUUUGAUCAUCACGAUAGUGCUCCAAUGACCAGCCGUGUAGUGACUCUUUGGUAUCGACCGCCAGAACUUUUGUUAGGAGCUUCACAUUAUGGGGUUGCAAUAGAUUUAUGGAGUACUGGUUGCAUACUUGGGGAGCUAUAUUCUGGAAAACCUAUUUUGCCUGGGAAAACAGAGGUUGAACAAUUACAUAAGAUUUUUAAGCUAUGUGGCUCACCAUCUGAAGAAUACUGGAGAAGAGCAAAAUUACCCCGUUCAACAGUGUUCAAGCCUCUACACCCAUAUAAACGAUGCAUUGUUGAAACAUUUAAAGACUUUCCUUCUCCUGUUGUUAGUCUCAUGGAGACCUUGCUUUCGAUUGAUCCUGUUCAUCGAAGAACUGCAGCUUUUGCUCUGAAGAGUGAGUUCUUUACAACACAACCUCUUGCAUGUGAUCCUUCAAGUUUACCCAAAUAUCCUCCUAGCAAAGAGAUUGAUGCUAAGUUGCGGGAUGAAGAAGCUAGAAGGCAAAGAGCAGUUGGGAACAGGGAUUCAAGGGUAGAUUUGGAAAGGAGGGGACAGAAGGAACCACUUGCAAUACCGACAUCCAAUUCUAAUACUGAGCUGGCUGCAUCAAUGCAGAGAAGACAACCUCAUCCUAAUUUGAAGAGCAGGAGUCAGAUGUUCGGCUCUCGUAAAGCAGAUGCCUUUUCUGGUUUUUUGAUUGAUCACCCUAGACACACAUGUGCUGCGAAAGAAGAAAGUAGAGAUUUCUUAGAGUACAAUAGAAACAAAAUUUCACAUUCAGGUCCAUUGGUUUACGCCAAUUUAUAUGGGAAGUCUGAGAAGGAACACAAUGAUCCUCCUAUGGUCUCAUCCAGAGCUAACUUAUCGAAGUUAUCUGGUUUAGCAGCUUCUAGAACUGUGGCUUCUGAAGAUCACAGAGAGAAACCUGGACCUUUGACUCUUGAAGCAUUAAACCAAGCAGGCAUGUCUCACAGAUCAUUUAAUGAAUUAGAGUCUACAGGAAAACUGGAUGUCAGAUGCCAUAUGCCGAAGACUGCAGAAUCCCCACAGACAGGAAGUGGAAGAGACUACGCUAAGGAAUCAAGUCUGCAUGGUCGUGGUCCCAGGGGAAACAAAAUUUAUGUCUCUGGUCCAUUACUUGCUCCAUCGGACAAUGUUGAUCAGAUGCUUAAAGAGCAUGACCGUAAGAUCCAAGAAUUUGCUCGAAGAGCAAGACUUGACAAGACAAAACUUGGGAAACUACAAGCUCAAGGGAAGCAGGUGACAGAAAAUUCAUUGCUUGUCUCUGCUCGUGGAGCUGGAUAGAUUUUUUUUUUCUCUCGUGGUGCAGCUGGAAAAGUCAUCUAGCCUGAUACCCAGAGUGAUAUCAGGAUCUAUUAUGUAUAGUGAGCCAAUCAUUUAAUUUCCUUUGAUUUGGUAACGUAUAAAUGUGAAUUUCAUACGAUAUUAGCUCUGUCUUUGUAGGUGGUUAGUACUUACAUCAAUAAUACAAUCAAUUAGAAGGAUUACAAUUUUGAAACUAUUCUUGUCAGUUGUCAUCAUAUCUUAUUUCAUAGAAUAAGAAUAUUCAGAAAUGAUAUAAAUGUGGAUAAAAACAGUGUUAUCUUGCCAUCAGAUUGAUUAUAAAGUUAUUUGAUUUCAGAUUUGAAUUUGAUUCAGUUUCAUAGGUUUACCUUAUCAUGUCGAUAUCUUUCCCUAGCUGCGAAAGGAAAAGGAUCAUCUUUGUAA